AUGUCCGAGUCUCCUCCUCCGCCUGCAUCAUGGAGCUUUGGAGGCAUGGCGAACAGCGCCGUUCAGUUCCUGCGCCUGCCAGUCUUGGCGUCGUCAGGGCUUGCAGUGGUUGCAAGUAGUCUCCUGUACUUCAAACAAAACGAAUUGAUUUAUCCCCGCAAUAUCCCAGCGGAUGCGCGUACCAACGUUCCAAGUCCAAGACAAUUUGGCAUCACCGACUUUGAAGAUCUUCAAAUUCCUACACCCGACGGAGAGUCACUCAAUGCACUCUUCUUACGCUCGUCCCCUAGUCAAUAUCGGCGCAACUUGACAGUCAUCAUGUUCCAUGGCAACGCCGGCAACAUCGGGCACCGAGUACCAAUUGCCAAGGCGCUGCAGGACACACUGAAUUGCCAUGUACUGUUGCUAGAAUAUCGAGGUUACGGAAAGUCCACCGGCACACCUGAUGAGACGGGGUUGAAGACUGAUGCACAGACCGGCCUGGACUAUCUCAGACAACGGGCAGAGACGAGAGAUUCCAAAUUUGUGGUCUAUGGCCAGAGCUUGGGUGGUGCGGUGGCCAUCAACCUUGUUGCGACAAAUCAAGAACAAGGCGAUGUAGCCGGAUUGAUUCUCGAAAACACUUUCGUAAGCAUUCGCAAGUUAAUUCCCUCUGUCUUUCCACCUGCUCGAUACUUGGCUCGUCUGUGUCACCAGUACUGGAUGAGCGAAGAUGUGCUUCCGAGCAUCAGCAAAAUUCCUAUCCUCUUCCUCAGCGGACUGAAAGACGAGCUAGUACCUCCAUCCCACAUGACCCAAUUGUUCGCCGUGUGCAAAUCAGAGACAAAAAUCUGGCGCACAUUACCGAACGGUGGUCACAAUGACUCGGUCGCCGAGCCCAGCUACUUCGAACAUAUCCAUGCCUUCAUCACGGAGGAGGUUGAGAGAGAUUCGGCAGCAGGCAGUACCAAGUAUCCAUACUAA